UUAAUGGAUGCAGUACACCAAGAAUCUACAGCCAUGGGGGAAGAAAGUGCUUUGGAAUACAAGAACAUGGAGUUAGAGGAGGGGAGAUCACAAUGGUGCAGAGAAGACACGUCUUUCAAGAAUAUAAAGUCUACUCGCAGUCGUUGUUGGCACUCAAAUGUGUGUUCCAUCAUCUGUGUUACCCUACCACUGUUUCUGAUUCUUGUGAUCAUGCUGUCUAUCAAAACUAAUCAACAGGAUAGCAUGUUGAGAGAGCUGGAGACUAAGGCAGACAACAUGACUUCUUCUUUACAUACACUCCAAUCCAAUCUACAACAAACAGAACCUCAUAGCCAGCAACCUGACUACAGAGAGCUGACAGAAGUCAAAAGUGCAGUGACGAAUCUAGGUGCUUCUAUAACCUCACUGUCAUCUAAAUUACAUGCUGAAAAAGAAGGUAGCAGGAUGACUGUGCUGGAACAGUCUGUCAUCAAUCUCACACAUUCUGUGAAUGCACUUUCAUCUGGCCUUCAGAACACAGUCAGCCGACAUGACCUAAAGUUGAAAGGGCUUGAAACGACAAUAAUCAACAUGUCAUCCUCUUUGAACACAAUUAUAUCAAGGCUUCAGCAAACAGUUGGUCAACAAGAAGGAAGGUUGAUGAAUCUGGAGACUAAAGCAGAUAAUAUGGCUUCAUCUCUAAAUUCACUGUCAUCUAAACUACAGCAAACAGAUGAGAAACUAUUGACCGCGUUGACAAAUCUGACUGCUGAGAUCAUGAGUAUCAAGCACAGCAAAGAUAAGAUAACAUAUAGUUGUACAGAAAAUUGGAGUCUUCAUGCAACCAGUUGCUACCUUUUCUCUUCGAACAAGCUGCCAUGGCAUAAGGCUAGAGACUACUGCAAGACACAAAGAGCCACACUGCUAAUAAUUAACAAUCAAGAUGAAUGGCAAUUCAUCACCAAAAAUCCCGUGCCUUUAUACUGGAUUGGCCUCACAGAUGAGCUCAAUGGGGAAUGGAGAUGGGUGGAUGGAACUCCUUACGUGAUGGACAAAAGUCAGUGGGAUGCAGGCCAGCCUGAUGAUUGGAAGGAUCAUGGGCUAGGAGGAGGAGAGGACUGUGGUAACUUCUCCAUCAAUAACAGGCUAAACGAUGACCACUGUACUCGAGAGUACAAAUACAUCUGUGAACGAACAGCCACUGCUGACUGAACCUACAGCACAUUAGACCAAUGCGAGCAGCUUUUUUAAAAGGCUAUGAAGUUUUUUUCUCUGGCUUAUUGUUGUCCCUCAUCUUUAUAAUGCAAUUAUAUUUUCCCUUUCCUAUGUAGAGUUUAACUUUGUCUUUGGAAGUGUACCCAUUUAUUUCUUUUUUAUAUAUAAUUCAUACUGUUGGUUCUGCUUGUUUGUCAGUAAAGCACUUUGUGCUCUGUGCUUGAAAAGGCCUUAUAUUUAAAAUAUAUCCAACAUUUCCUUGUAACAGCAACUGGCCUGAUCACAUGGCCUCUAGUAAUAGAACAAGUAAUAAAUGUUUUCUACAAGUGUAAACCUGUUAAACAUAGAAUUAUCUUACUACACUUGUCUGUCUGGGGCGCUGAGGGGGGUGGUCAUACAAGGUAGGACCGCCACUGAGAAUAGGGAUUAUUGUCUAGGAAUACCAUAGUGAAACCAACUCAUUAAAGCUUAGUAAAGAGUCAUCACCAUUUCACCAAGUCUCCAAUGACCCAUAUACCCUUCUCUGCCCAUAAACCUUGAGUGAAAGGCUUGACAUGGGGCCUUUGAAAGGUUUGUCCUGCUACACUUGCUACAAUUUUUCCUACAAAAGAAUAAGGUUGAAAAUAGAGCUAGUGAACUGACUGUUUGAACAAGACGAGAAAGUAAAAACAGGCCAUUUUAAAAAGAAGUCAACAUCAUCAGGGGCAUCCAGGUCACAGUACUCAAUGAUGUGUGCAAAUUAUUUCACUAUUUUUGGUUUCAAUAUUGUUUACAUGUUUACUGUGUAUUUCAGCUUCUCUCUAUAGAUGACAUUCACUCUUGUAUGAAAAUAUACAUAGAAGCCAAUGAAAAACAGAAGAGCUUUAGGUUUUGAGCAGUAGUGUGUACAUGAUGUACAGCGGGGAAAUAAGUAUUAAAUGCAUUAACAUUUUUUUCAGUAAGCAUAUUUCCAAUGAGGCUGUUUGCAUGACAUUUUCACCAGACAUUAGUAUUAACUCAAAUAAUCAUAUAAUA